AUGACAGAUUCAUCGUGUCUAAUUAAGCUAAUCACUAAAAUCCAACCAACAGAGGUCUAUCAUCUUGCUGCUCAAUCGCAUGUGAAGGUUUCAUUCGAUCUGCCAGAGUAUACAGCUGAAGUUGAUGCUGUUGGAACGCUACGGUUACUGGAUGCCAUUCAUGCAUGCGGUCUCACUGAAAAGGUGCGCUUUUACCAAGCAUCUACCUCUGAAUUGUUUGGAAAAGUGCAGGAAGUUCCACAGAAGGAGACUACUCCAUUCUACCCACGUUCACCAUACGCCGUUGCCAAAAUGUAUGCUUACUGGAUUGUUGUAAACUAUCGCGAAGCAUAUAACAUGUUUGCAUGCAAUGGUAUUCUUUUCAAUCAUGAGAGUCCAAGAAGAGGAGAAACAUUUGUCACUCGUAAAAUUACCCGAUCAGUAGCAAAAAUUAGCUUGGGGCAGCAACAAUGUGUUGAACUUGGAAACCUUGACUCACUUCGU